AUCCCUAAAGAAGUAGCUGACAUCUUUAACGCCCCCAGUGAUGAGGAAGAGUUCCUUGGUUUCCGAGAUGAUGUUCCCAUGGAAACCCUGUCCUCAGAGGAGAGCUGCGAUAGUUUUGACUCGCUGGAGUUGAGGAAACAGCAGGGGGUGCACUUCCAAUCUGAAUACUUUACGGAGGAACUAAGAAGAAUUUUUAUAGAGGACACUGACUCAGAGACUGAAGACUUUGAAGGAUUUACGCAGAGUGAGCUGAACGUAAAGAGUAACUCAGAAGUAAUGCUUGUGGAGUCAGACCUGAGUGACAAUGGCAAAGCCUCUCUGAUGAGCGAGGAGGAGGACGACGGAGAGGAGGAGCCCGCACCCAGGAGAGGCAGACCUCGAACCAGCAGCAUCGGCCUUCGGGUAGCCUUUCAGUUUCCCUCUAAGAAAUUGGCCAAGAAGCCAGAGAAAAAUAGUUCCUCCGAGUUGUUUUCUAGCUCAUACCUCCAGGACAGUGCAAAAAUGAUUGGAAGAAAGAAAAGCUGCAGACAGGCGAUGGAAAGGGGGCAUUCCGACUCUGAGUCUGAGGACGACUCCAGGGACGAGAGCCAGGAGGGCUCGGACGCGCUGCUGAAGAGGACCAUGAACAUCAAGGAGAACAAGGCCAUGCUUGCUCAGUUAUUGGCGGAAUUGAACUCAAUGCCAGAUUUCUUCCCGGUUCGAACCCCGACCUCGGCUUCUAAGAAGAGAACAGUGCGGCGGGCCUUCUCGGAGGGACAGAUCACCAGGCGCAUGAACCCAGCUCGAAGUGCGCGGCCCCCAGAGAAGUUUGCUCUAGAAAACUUCACUGUCUCUGCCACAAAAUUUGCAGAAGAGUUUUAUAGUUUUAGAAGAAGGAAGACUAUUAGUGGGGGGAAAUGCCAGAGGUACAGACAACGCCGGCGUGUGUCUUCCUUUCGGCCAGUGGAGGAUAUCACUGAAGAGGACUUGGAAAACGUUGCCAUAACUGUUCGAGACAAAAUCUAUGAUAAAGUUCUGGGUAACACCUGCCAUCAGUGUCGGCAGAAGACCAUCGAUACCAAGACGGUGUGUCGGAACCAGAGCUGCGGUGGGGUGCGAGGCCAGUUCUGUGGGCCGUGCCUGCGCAAUCGCUAUGGCGAGGAUGUGAGAUCGGCGUUGCUGGACCCGGAUUGGAUGUGUCCUCCCUGCCGUGGGAUCUGCAACUGCAGUUACUGCCGGAAGCGUGACGGCCGCUGUGCCACAGGGAUCCUCAUUCAUCUCGCCAAGUUUUACGGCUACGAUAACGUGAAGGAGUAUCUGGAAAGCUUACAGAAGCAGCUGGUGAAAGACAAAUGAGAGGAAAAGCAACGAGCCGACUGAGCAUGCUCCAGGAAGACGUGGAUACCAUUUGUGCCUGAGAUUUCUAAAAGUUGUAUUUUUAUACAGAAA